CCCAGAAGGCCUAACCAGGCCCGCUCAAUUGACACCCAAAAUCGUCCCAACACGCGAAACCAUCUCUCUCUCUAUCUCUCUCUCUCUGAAACAUUAAACCCUAGUAACCGAACCAGUAGAAGCACAGAGAAACCCUAGUCACCCUCUUCACAGGCGGAGAGAGAGAGAGAGAGAGAGAGAGGGAGAUGGGGGGAAGCGAUAGCGAAGUAGAGAAGUCAGCGCAGAAGGAGAAGGAGAAGAAGAAGUUGUUAGCUCUGGCCCCCAUUGCAAAGCCCCUUGCUGGCAAGAAGCUGUCCAAACGCACCUUCAAGCUCGUUCGCCGAGCUGCAGGACACAAAUGCCUGAAGAGAGGAGUUAAGGAGGUUGUUAAAAGUAUUCGCCGCGGUCACAAAGGAUUAUGUGUUAUAGCAGGGAACAUAUCUCCUAUCGAUGUCAUCACUCACGUUCCAAUCUUAUGUGAAGAGGCUGAAAUUCCCUAUAUAUACGUGUCAUCAAAAGAAGAUCUUGCAAAUGCCGGAGCCACCAAGAGGCCAACAUGCUGUGUACUAGUGCUAACAAAGCCAACCAAGGGGGAACUUACCCAGGAGGAACAAGAAAAGCUUAAGUCAGAAUAUGAUCCAGUUGCAUCAGAAGUUUCUGAACUUGCUUCCUCUAUGUUUUGAAGAACUACUAAAAGAACUAGCCUUUUAUUUCCCAUUUACUGAUGUACACUGUAUUUGGCUGGUAUACCCAUGUCAUAUUUAUAUAUGUUUUGAAGCCAAGCAGCAGAAAGUGCAGUUCCUUUUUGUUUUCA